AUGCUUUCAGGCAAUUCACCUGGCUGCCCAUCAUCAGCUUGUGUCUAUGACAUCCAAUAUGGGGACUCGUCUUUCUACGUUGGAGUUUUUGCUAAAGAAAAGCUCACCUUGACAUCAACAGUUGUGUUCGACAACUUUCUAUUUGGUUGCGGACAAAACAAUCAAGGUCUUUUUGGGGGCGUAGCCGAUUUGCUAGGACUUGGCCUAGAUAACUUAUCUUUGCCUACGCAAACUGCCUUAAAAUACAAGAAAUUCUUCUCCUACUGCUUGGCCUCAUCCGCCUGCUCAACUGCAUCUAUUGUCACUACUGCUGGCGCGAUCAUUGACUCUGGAACUGUCAUCACGCGGAUGCCACCAACUGCCUAUGCGGCAUUGAGGUCUGCAUUUCGACAACGCAUGAACCAAUAUCAGUACUCUCAUGAAACUUAUCAGUACUCCAUAAGUGGAGUGCAUAUUAGUUCAAAAUUAGCCAAAUUGGUGAAUAAGUUUAAUUUCCAAAUUUACCUGGUGUUCUUAUUAAGGACAAUUAGAUAUAUAUUACUUCACAUUUCAAGGUUUACUCUUGUUAUAAAUAGAUUAUCACCUACGCAAAUGUUAGCUGCAGGAAAUACAACAAUUUUUUCUCUUAUUGCUUGCCAUCAUCCUCCAGCUCAAGCGGCCAUCUCCUAG